AUGUCAACCACCAUCUUCACACCUCUUGGUGUGAUUGAACCCAUACAAUCUACCAAAACAUCACCCAUUGAGGUGAAAACACUUGAAGUCGAACCCAGCACUGGUGAAAAUUCAGAUGCAUGCUCGGUUUCUAUUGCAGAUGAUGUCGCUUCUUACGUUGAAUCGACUUCAGAGGACUCGAAGCAAGGAUCAAGUGGGGGUGAUGACUUGGCUUGCAUUGUCGGCAUAGGCUGCCGCCUACCUGGUGGUAUCCGUUCCCCCUCGGAUCUCUGGGACCUCCUUGCAGCCAAAAAGACGACUCAAGGACGAGUGCCUGCCGAAAGAUUCAACAUUGCCGGUUACUAUCAUCCAGAUGGUAAGAGAGCUGGUGCCAUGGACGCUGAUGGCGGCUACUUCCUUGACGAGGAUGUUCGGCAGUUCGAUAAUAGCGUCUUUGGUAUCAACAACCUCGAAGCAACUUACAUGGAUCCCCAGCAGCGGAAGUUGCUAGAAGUGACGUACGAAUGUCUAGAGAGCGCUGGGUUAUCCAUGGAGGACGUCUCAGGCACUGAUACUGCUGUUUACAUCGGAAACUUCACCGUUGACUAUCAAACAAUGCAAACAAGAGACCCAGACUACCUUCACCGGUAUAGCGCAACGGGCUCAGGGACCGCCAUAAUGGCUAACCGCAUAAGCCAUGUUUUCAAUCUAACUGGGCCGAGUUUCACCCUUGACACAGCCUGCUCGUCGUCUAUCUAUGGUCUUCAUAACGCGGUUAUGGCACUUAAGAAUGGAGAUUGCAGUGCUGCUAUCGUGGCAGGAGCCAACCUCAUUACAUCUAUCGAGCAGCACCUAGGAACUAUGAAGGGCGGGGUGCUCUCUCCCACGUCAACUUGUCACACUUUUGACGCAUCCGCUGAUGGGUAUGGGCGAGGUGAAGCAGUCAAUGCUGUUUUGAUCAAGCCCCUUUCACGAGCAAUACGUGACGGGGACAAUAUCCGCGCUAUCAUUCGGGGUACUGCCAUCAAUGCCAACGGGCGGACCAACGGCAUUACGCAACCCAGUGCCCGUUUCCAAGAAGCUGUCAUUAGAAAGGCUUACGCCAAUGCGAGAUUAAACAUGGCAGAUACUGAUUACGUGGAAUGCCAUGGAACCGGCACCGCCGUUGGGGAUCCCGUCGAAGUUGAGGGCAUCGGUCGAUGUUUCUCGCCGCGUUAUGGUCCACCGUUGAUGAUCGGCGCGGUAAAAACAAAUGUCGGUCACAGUGAAGCUGCAAGUGGCUUGUCGGCCGUGAUUAAAGCGGUGCUGGCCUUUGAGAAAGGGCUAAUUCCACCCACAUAUGGAAUCACCAAACUGAACCCAAAGUUACAACUUGAUAAGUACAACUUACAGGUCGUCGAUGAACUCUCGGAAUGGCCACGGGAGUUGCGGAGGGCCAGCAUCAACUCCUUUGGUUAUGGCGGUGCCAACGCCCACGUGAUCCUUGAAGACCCAAAGAGCUUUCUCAAAGGCAACAAUCGUUUUGAACCAUUCGGAGAAUUAGGCACAGCGACUGAAGAGGAAGACAGUCAGCAGCCUGAGGAUGUUUAUCUGCUUCCAAUUUCUGCCCGAUCCAAAUGGUCGUUGGAGAAGCGCGUCAGCCAGGUGAAUGAGUAUGUCAUCACUAAGUCUCAAGAAAAUGAGCUGCCAUCAAUAGCGUUCACAUUGGGUGAGCGCCGGGCUCAUCUCAGCCGUAGGGCCUUCAUCAUCGCUAAUCGUGGCCACACCGAGGACGCUGUUAUGGCGUCUGGCAAAGAUAAUGAGGCGCUACCACUGGCAUUUGUAUUCACAGGACAGGGCGCUCAGUACCCCGGCAUGGGCAAAGAGCUCCUAAAUAGAGAGCCUGUGUUCCGAGAUUCAAUUAAAGAGCUCGAUGCGGUGCUACAAGCUAUGCCCUGGCAUGAUCAGAGACCAUCUUGGACGCUGGAACAGACAAUCAUGGAUUCUCCUGAGACUAGCAUGAUCCACGAUGUCACACGCAGCCAGCCUAUCUGUACGGCGGUUCAAAUCGGCCUUGUAGACCUUCUCGACUCAUGGGGAAUUCAAGCAGAGUCAGUCGUUGGACACUCGUCUGGGGAAAUCGCGGCUGCCUAUGCAGCCGGCCAUCUUAGUGCUGCCCAGGCUAUUCAAGUAGCAUACUUCCGCGGCGCUGCUGUUGGAAAGCUUGAAAACCAAGGCGCUAUGCUCGCAGCUGGCUUGACCCCCGAUGCGGCUCAUGAGUUGAUCCAAGAGUUAGACUUGGCAGGCCGUGUCUGUGUUGCAUGUGUCAACGCACCCGAAAGUGUCACGCUCAGCGGUGAACUCGCCGCCGUGGAGUUAGUGACGAAGACACUAGAAAAACGUGGUACGUUUUGCAGAGCUUUGCAGACCGGUGGAAGAGCCUAUCACUCGCACAUGAUGACAGAGGCCGGCGCCCUGUACCAGGAGAUGCUUGAGGUCAUGUUUAGCGUCCAAGAGCAUUAUUCCACAAAUCCGUACAGAGCCAAGAUGUAUUCAUCUGUGGGUCAGAAAGAAGAAGAUUUAGCUGUCUUUGGUCCAGAUGGUGGCAGGAAGACUUGCAAGCCUCGUUACUGGCGUCAGAACCUCGAGUCAACGGUCCAAUUCAACGGAGCGCUCAGCAAUCUGACUGCAAACAGGAAGAUGCAUCUGAUUGAGAUUGGCCCUCAUGCUGCCUUGAAAGGUCCAAUUGAAAUGAUCCGAAAAAAGACAGGUCAUGAUUUGCAUUACUCACCAAGUCUGGUACGCGACCAGGAUUCUUACAAAUGCAGCAAGAAGCUCGCUGGCGAUUUGUUCAUUCAUGGGCAUUCUCUUGAGUGGGCCAGAAUUAACAGUUCUAUAUGUGGUAUCACUCCUCCUGUUUCGACGUUGCCUCCUUAUCCAUGGGAUUAUUCUGGACCGCUUCUGUGGAGCGAGCCUCGAGCCAGCAUUGAACAGCGUAACCGUAAACAUCUUCGCCAUGAACUCCUUGGAGUAUUACAAACAGCCGGCAACGGAAUCGAUUGGGCAUGGAGGAAUCUGCUUCGGCUAUCUGAGGUACCUUGGGUGCGUGAUCAUAAACUUGAUUCCCAGAUUGUCUUCCCGGCUACUGCCUACCUGGGUCUCAUAAUAGAAGCGGUAUGCCAGGUGUGUGAUACAACUCCUUCGACUCCCGGAACGGCCUUCGAGUUUCUGAAUGUCAGCAUCGGCGCUGCUAUGGUGAUACCGGAGGAAACCAACAGUCAAAUAGAAAUUCACACUUCUUUAUCAGCACAAAAGCUUUCCACGGUCAAUCAAUCCACCAUUUGGUAUGACUUUGCGGUAUCCUCCUGGGAUGAUGGCAAACCGACCCUGCAUUGCUCAGGCAGGAUCAGACUGCUCACCGGCGACAACCUGCAAGCACUAUCUGACACUGUGACGGUCAAUAAUACACAAGGAUAUGAAUCAUGGCAUAUGGGGAAGUGGUACAACAAGCUAGCAGAAGAGGGUCUUUGUUUUGGAGAAAAGUUUCAGUCGAUUACGGGUAUGAGAACAGAUGGCAACAGAGCACGACCAGAGGCCAUCUCUACCACCAAAGUGUUCCAGAAUAUCAUUAAUGAUUCAAAACUUGGAACCAAAUACACUUUGCACCCUCUUGUAACGGAUGCUCUACUCCAGGCCGGAAUCUUCGGUGGGACAGCCGGUGAUGUACGAUCUCUUCGCGCAUAUCUGCCUGUGUUCAUCCAGUCCUGCAGAAUCUACACGUCCAACUUCGGCGAAACUGAGGCUACCAUUCACUCUCGAACUCGCAUGACUGGAUUUGCUACCAAGCAGAUAGAUGGUACCUUGAGAGGUAGCAUUACUGGAGAAUGCCUUGUUGAUAUGAGGAAUGUUCGCUUGACUCUUUAUAAUGGAAAGACGUCUUCUGAUACCGCAGAAUACGCAGAAAAGGACUCAAUGAAGCGCCAGCCCUGCCUCGACGUACAAUGGAAACCCGAUAUUCUACGACUACUCCCCGAAUCUACCGACGAAAUUCGGCAAUAUGUUGAGCAAAAAAUCAACGUGAUGCCUGACGACUUGAGAGACCAUCCCAGCAUGGCAGCCAUCGUCGCGCUUGUUGAUCUCGCAAGCUUUAAGAAUCCUAAGAUGCGGGUCAUAGAACUUGCUCAAGAUAGCCAAUGCCGAGUUAAGCGAUGGCUUGAAACUCUUGAGGCAGAAACGUCAUUUCCCCGUUGUCGAUCUUGGGUUGGGGGCCAGUUAGAUGCGAAUGGAGACCUUCGACACACGGAUGAAGAAAGUGAUGACGCUUUUGACACUCUCAUCAUUCCCGAAUUCUCUGCAUCGGUAUCCUAUUUAGACAAUAAGGCAAACAAUAAGGCAACAUGGCUCAGUUCCAUCUUCAAAGCCAGUCAAGGAGGUGUCGUGAUUACACGCAAAACAAAAACCAGUCUUGACAUCCUUCGGUCAUUGGGCUUCGCAGCGAUAGAUGUUGGUCAAGGUGUAAUCUUGGCAGUACAACCUCCUCCUGUACAUAGCCUAUCGGGUCGAGAUGUUGUCCUUGUCACUCCGUUCGUGCCUAGCUUGUUGACCCAAGGGGUAAGCCAGAGGCUCGCCCAGCAUCUCAAUGAAAUGCCUGUGUUUGAUAGGGAUAUCAAGAUAGCAACACUGGAAGAGUUGGAGAACUCGGAUAUAUCUUCGAGAUCGCUUUACAUUUCCUUACUCGAGCUGGAGAACGAAUUCCUCGCAACAAUGAGCCCUGAGAAAAUGGACCUUCUACGUCGCAUCACCGACAACGCUACCAAUCUGGUUUGGUUGACCGGCGCAGGUAUGCUGAGCUCAUCACCAGAUCCGAACCUUACGCUCUCACAAGGCCUUUCUAGAGCUCUGAUGCUAGAACAACCUUCCCUGCGAUUCACCGUGAUUGACAUGGGAGGUCUUGCAUCUGAGAACAGUAGUUUUGAGAAAUCGUUCUCAUUAAAUUUGAUACAAGCUCUUGCCUCCGUAUCAGACAUGGAUGACAAAGAAUUCAUUGAGAAAGAUGGCAUGCUAUAUAUCAGCCGCUUCACCGCAAAAAAGGAGUUUAACAGCCUGUUCCGUCGUCGUCUAGACAGCAAGGAACCCAUAGCCAAGCUCGCUCUUGACAAUAUAGGUCCUUCGCGCUUGGGGAUUGGUUCCGUUGGGCAGAUGGAUACGCUUCACCUCGUCCAAGAGACUCAGCCCCUUUCCAAGCCCCCAGCUGGAUUUGUCGAUAUCCGGACCAAGGCGGUAAGCCUGAACGCGAAGGACGUGUACACUGCCAGCGGCCGAGUAGAGACGCGCACGGGUACCGCUGCGAUCGAGUUCUCCGGGGUUGUAGUUGCUGUCGGUGACCAUGUGUCGCAUCUGAAGCCAGGAGAUCACGCUGUGGUACUGGCACCGAACCGGUUUGCCACCAUUGAGCGCGUGCCAGCCUGGGCAGCACAUAAGAUGCUACCAUCUGAAGACUUUUGCGUCAUGCCAACACUUCCUGUGAUCUAUGGAACAGCACUGUAUGCGCUGCACGAUCGAGCUCAUCUACGUGCUGGCGAGUCAAUACUCAUCCACAGUGGUGCCGGUGCAUUUGGAAUGGCUACAAUCGCGCUCGCCAAGCGUAUCGGCGCAAUUGUGUAUACAACGGUAGGAUCAGCUGCGAAGAAGGACUACCUCAUGCGUGAGCUGGCUCUGCCAGCAGAGAAUAUCUUCAACUCUAGAGACUCGUCCUUUGUCGACGGUGUCCGAGCUGCCACAAAGGGACGAGGUGUUGAUGUCAUUAUAAACUCUCUCGUGGGUGACCUCAUGCAUGAUAGCUGGAAUUGCAUAGCAGAUUUUGGCCGAUUCGUAGAGGUAGGGAAGAGGGAGCUCGUUGACGCUGGAAAGCUCGACAUGCGCGUCUUCCUACGCAACUGUACCUUUACAGCCUUUGACUUGACCGAACUGUUCUUCCACGAGUCUCAGUUUUACAGAGAUAUUUGGAUCAAUAAAACGAAAGAAGCCCUGGAGCUUUACCGAAGUGGACAAGUAAAGCCUGUCCCUAUUGCCACCUUUGAUAUUUCCAAAAUUUCACAGGCCUACCGAUUCUUUUCUGGGAGAGAUCGAACUGGAAAAGUCGUUAUAUCUUUAGAAAACCCACAGAGCCUCAUCCCGGUCAUGCCUUCUCAAUACAGCACCAUCCUAAGUCCAGAGAAGACUUACCUUUUAAUUGGUUGUCUAGGCGGUCUUGGGCGCAGUCUCAGUCGAUGGAUGAUGAGCCGCGGCGCCCGAAACUUUGUCUUCCUCGGGCGGUCGGGCUGCGAUAAGCCUGAAGCACAGGAGCUGGUAUCUCGUCUUCAAGGCGCCAGUGCCCACGUUGAAGUUGUCCGUGGUGAUGUGUCCAACCAGGAAGAUGUCAAUGCCGCAGUUGAGGCUUGUGCUGGCCGACCUAUUGGUGGUGUGGUUCAGGCUGCAAUGGGCCUGAGCGAGGCUUUGUUUACACGCAUGUCUCAUGCGGCUUGGCACAAGGUUAUCGAGCCCAAAUGGCGCGGCUCCUGGAAUCUCCACCGUGCUCUGGAACUUAACGGCCACGAUGCUGAUCUUGAUUUCUUCUUACUGACAUCAUCUGUGAGUGGCAGUGUUGGUACUGCCACAGAGAGCAACUACUGCGCGGCCAAUGGGUUCUUAGAUGCCUUUGCACGCUAUCGCCAGAGCCAAGGAAAGUCAGCUGUCUCUGUUGGGCUAGGCAUGAUUUCAGAAGUUGGUUAUCUACAUGAGAAUCCCGACAUCGAGGCUUUAUUGCUUCGCAAAGGCAUCCAGCCCCUGAAUGAGGAUGAGUUCUUAAACGUUAUUGAUAUGGCGCUGGCAUCGGAGACACGAGUCUCUCACGUUCUUACAGGUCUUGAGCCCUUCGGCCUGCGUGAUCUCAUCAAGAAAGGCUUUGAGGUGGAGAAUGGCACAACGCAAGAUCCAAGAGCUGGUUUUCUGGCUGCCGAACUACUUGCCAGUCAAGAGACAAAUAACAAAUCUUCUGCCCCUACUAUAACUACGGCUAUUACUUCUCCAUGGUUCAAGGACCUGCCUUCAAAUGUCUCUGAGACUUCCAGAGCACUGGCGUCAGAAUCAGAUGCACCAACCCUACAUGAAGCUAUCUUGAGGUUAGCGCGAAAGCGCUUCUCGAAUUUGAUAUUGCUGUCGCAGGAUCAGAUAGAUGACCACAAGGCACUACCGCACUAUGGGGUGGAUAGCAUGAUAGCUGCCGAGUACAGGACUUGGUUCUGGUCUGUGUUCAAAGUCGACGUACCGUUCUUGGACAUAGUCAGUCCUAAGAAGUCGUUGGAUUUGUUUGCAUCUUUCAUCGAAGAGAGGAUUUUUGAUGCUGGCUCUGGAGAAGACAAUGUGUAG